CGGUAAACGUGGUAGAUAAGGCGGUGCAGCGGCCGUUCACUUCAGUCGCUCAUAUCGCUCAGCUCGAACACCAGACCGACAAUGCUGAAGUACACCUUCCUCCUCAUACUAGCCGCUGCGGCAGUCUUCAUGGUUGUUUUGGCCUGCGAACCAGACCAGACUUAUCAUGGCUGCAAGAUAUUGGGGACGACUUGCUCUUGCGGCACGGGGUGUAGGAGUGAAUUUAUCUACAGAACAAGGAGAGCUUGUUUGAACGCUCUCAGAGAAAGGAGUUCCAAUGCCUGUACGAGGACCCCAUGCAUGCGAGGAAUAUGCACUCAAACUGUACAAGAUCCAGGGUUUGCUUGCAAAUGUGAGGGUACAGGAUUCUACGGGCAGCGUUGUGAGAGAGCUUGUCCAACAAUUGCUGAACCCGGGAUGAUCUUUCCACACGAAUGCAUUGUUAUAUAAACAGUUAUUAUUUCAUUAAUAAUAAUUUAGUAAAACGUUGUUUUACUUUUAGUCUACGUAGUUACUUGUAGUAUUAAACAAACAUACAUUAUUACAUACAGUUCUAAAUAUUAUAAGUGCUGUAAAUGUGUUCCUCUAUCAUUGUUUUGUCUUCGUAUUAUAUUUUUUAUUUGAAAUAAAUUCUUAUAUAACACAA